GAGUACAAUACCUGACAUCACAUGACGAACUGUCAUUGAAGGAGAACGGAGUACGAUAGACUGAAAAAGAGUCGACUAAAACAUCGAAAAUGUCUUCAGGAUGUACGGUUCCGUCAAAAUUAUGCCUAGUUUUCAUAGGUUUGAUAUUUUGGGGUGCAGCAGCAGGUCUUUUUUUCGUUGGAGGAUGGGUGUUUGAGACGUAUAAGCACUUUAAUGAACUGACAUCGGCCAACCUGACCCUUAUCCCAGCUUCCAUUGUGUUGACAGUGGGGAUAUUCAUGUUCAUUGUUGGACUACUGGCUUGUGCCUCAUCUGUGAAAGAGAACAAAUGUCUUCUUGCUGUUUUGUUUUCUAUUCUCUUGGUGAUCCUCACAGCAGAAAUAGCUGCAGGUUCCUUGGGCUAUGCUUUCAGAGAUGACAUGGAGGGAUCGGUUCGUGAUGGUCUGAACCAGGCCAUUAAUAAGUUCAAUGGAACUUCAAGUGAUCAUCAGAUGGAGUACCUCCAGGAAGAGCUGAAGUGCUGUGGUGUAAACAAUGCCUCGGACUGGGAGACCGCCAAGGUGUGGUCCCUCUCUCACCCCGGCAAGGUGCCUGUCAGCUGCUGUAUAGAUCAGAACAACUGUACCCAGAGCAUCAACGGAACUGACAUUUACAAGAAGGCCUGUCUGCCUGAGCUGAAUGAUAAGUUCGUGACAAACCUGAGAUACAUCGCAGGGAUUGCUGUGGCCUUUGCUGUAAUCCAGGUGUUGGGGAUGAUUUCCAGCUGUGUGCUGUUCUGCCGGUCUAAAGAAGUGAGAUACGAAGUGCUGGGAGGACCCAACUCGGGACUGCGGGUGUAAAGUGGAGACAACCAACAUAAACGAGGGAUAUAACUCAUGUGAAGGGUGGGGGGAAAAAACAAGGGCCGUAACAAUCCUUACUGUGGGAUGCACAAAACGAGGGACGCAACUCAUCUGGACUGUCAAUGUUAACAAGGGACAUAACUCACGGAAGCAAACACAAGUUGUAAAACUUGUUUGUAAUUUACGAAACAUAUGCAAUAUUGUUUUUUAACAAGAAAGUAACCACUGGUCCGUAAAAAUUACAAAAAGAUCCAGAGAUCUAUUAUUGGCAGAAAAAAAAUAGGUAACCAAUUUUAUUUAAUUUCAAACACUUUUACUCUUGUUUGCCAGACACAAAAUCUUGGCCCUUGUUUAACUCUCAAAUGUGUCAUACCCAAAGGUCAAGACCUUCAGUCAAAUUAGAAAAAUUAUAUUUUCUUUAGGACAAUUCUGUUCACAUACACACACAACAUGACACAUGACACAACAACUUCACAAAGGUAUUGUACUUAGGUAUCAGCUAACCUAGUGCAAGUAUUGUUCAGUAUAAUGAGUAAGGUUAGGGCAGGGAUGGCUGUUAAACUGGUUUAUUAACUCAUUCAACCCUGAAAUUUUAUAAUGGACUAUUCCAACCUUUGAAGUGGAGGAGUCCAAAUGUGUCUUCAGGGGUGAACAAAUUAAAAGUUUAAUAACUGUCUGUACAUAGGAUCUAUUCAUGGAGGUUGUGCAUCAACUGAUUUGAACAUAUCUUGAUCCCUUACAGAAACAAUGAGUAGACGCUCCUGAGAACAAGUGUCAUGUAACCAUGACACAUUUAGAUACAUAAAAAUAAAUAUCUGAACAAAUUCUCUAACUUUUUUUCCCAAGAAAAAUGUAAAAAGUCCUAGUAAAUUCUUACAUAAUAUGAAAUAUGAAGGUUAUUGAUUAAAGUAGAUACAGGGAUGGGUUGACUUCUUUUGUGUCUAAUAAAUAUUUAAAAUUUACACCUGUUGGAUCUGAAAUAUGAUAUUGAUGAUGCACUUUUAGCUUUGAUUGUGGUGGAAUAAGAGAUAAUGAGUGGUAGGAAGACAGGUGAUCACUUAACUUCAAAAAGUGAUCCUUAUCACACAGGAGCGGAAAUUUCUCAACAUGCAAAAGGCUGGCACCAUUCCACCGACCUAGUUUGUCUGUGUCCCAGAGACAUAAUCAGCACCCUUUGUUGUAGCUUUAAUGAGAUUGACAUUUACUAUGUUUUACGGUUUCCUAACCUUUUGAAAGUUAUAUGUUGCGUAUGUGUAUGUAUAUUGUCCUGAACAGAACUAGCCUCGUCUGGUUGUUACAUGAAUGUUUUCACUGUUAGCUUCUGAUUAAGCACCUGUACAUGGACAUUUAUUUAUUUAUUUAUUUAUCUACAAUGCAAGAUGACAACUGAUUAUCUCUGGAUUAUGUAAUAAUUUGCUAUGACACAAAGUGCUUCAAUACUAUACAAGUGCUAGAACCAGGAGGUAUAUAACCACCUGUCUUAAAUGUGAUUUCUGUAUCAUCAGUUAAAAAACAAAACAAUUAAAUCAUUUUCUUUAACAAACCUAUGCCCUUUGAUUAAUGCCAGUGUUUUCACCAUUAAACUACUGUUUCACGGGUAAAAAUGAUAUAGAAAUAUUUGGUGUAUUUGAAAAAUCUAAAAUGUUUUUUUAAUUUAUAAAACCUAGGACGCAUUUCUGGCUUGUUUGAAAUCAUUGUGCAAUUUUCAUAUUUUUGUCUUGUUUUGAUAAGCAUUCUAUUUGUGGAUUAAUACAUAUUGUACAUACUCAUCCCAUUUCAUUUGAAGUGUGCACCCGGACUGGGGAGUUACAAUAUGGUGUAUAAUAUGAUAGUUAAGAGUAAAAGUGAACGGUUCCUGUGAGCUACACUUCAGUGUACCAGUAAAACUAUUGUUUACAUUGGAGCCUAAUCAAUCAAGCCCCCUUUUCCCUGCUAAAAGCGAGUGGAUUGUAAAAUGGCUAGAUUUUUGAUGUAGCAGAAAAAACGAAACCUGUUCCCGACACUAGCUGGAUAUUAGGACAACCAGAUCAGUGUAUAAAAGGGAUCUACAUGAUUCUGUUCACUGGUUUAUCAAUAUUUUGUGAGUAUCCUUCUUGCAUUUGAUUUUGGCAACAUGGUGCAAAAACGUUACCAAUUCCGUUUUUUUACACAAAUGAUAUUGAUGUAUUCAGUCAUGCUUCCUUGCCAGACUCUGUACAACCAAAAUCUACAUGCAUAGUGUACGUUUCUUAAUUACACACAGAUUCAUUUCCGGCAGUGCUGGAAAAAUAUGUCCAACCCAUAGGGUCCUGGAUUGCUUGUAAUGGAACUACUUUUCUUUAAGAGAAGUAGCUUGUGCUUUGUUCAAUCUUGUCUGCUCUUUCCACAACCGAAGGUGGACACUUUAAAAUGGGUGAUAUUGUUAGUACUUGCAGGUGUAAGUGGCAAGUUUUCUCCCUUUCAAGGCAUUAUGUUGUCUUGUGUCAGGCCUUUUCACUUUCUCUCACCAAUUCAUACACACCUUGUUUAUUUAUAGACUACAGCAAAACAACUGAUUUUGGUGGAUUUUAAAUGGUAUGCAGGAAACAGAAUCCAUCCCUGAUGUGAUUCAUGCCUUGAGUCUGCUGUGGAUUCUAUCCUUUGAGUUAACCCUUUCACCCCUGUGUAACUUUAGUGUACUCUACCAUGCAUUGAUAUGGAUGAGUCCAUUAUGGUCUACAGUGGUGAAAGGGUUAAAAUGGCUCGCAUCAGGAUUUAAGACAUACCCACUUGAUCAGUGUGUCUAGCUUACAUUCCAUGCUAAGCAUGAUGUGUGCUUCAUGUUUACAAUUAUUUUAUCCAAAGAUCUGAGUGCUAGAGUUUUCAUAUAAUUAUGUAAAAAUAAACAUGCUGUCUUACUGUGACAUCACAAUCUUUCAUACUUUCAUAAUGGAAUAUAUUAUAUGUAGAGGAAUAUGUCUGAAUCCUACCCAAAGGUAUAGAAUUUUGAUGGUAAGACUCUGAUCCUUAUUUCUAAACUCCAAGUAGAAUUUCUAAAUCUCCCAUACUUUCCUAAUGGUUAACUCUUUCUCCGACCUUCUUCCCUGGACUUUGAUAAAACUUGAUACUGACAAUGUGAAUGUAAUUAUAAGGGUAGCAGAGUUCCUAGAUACUGUAUUUCCCUAAGGCGAAGUCACCUAUCCACUGUAUUUUUGCAGUAGAUUUUUAAAAUCUAUCAAAAUGACAAUUUAAUGUUAACACAUAUCACAAUGAAACCAUCAAAUGACCUCAUGUUUAUGAACAGCAGCCAACAAGGUACCAGACAGUUUGAACUCUAAAAUUUGUUUACAUGCCCACUCCUUACCAGUAUUUAGAAAAAAUGCAGUUUCCAAAUUGAAAGUCAGUAUUUGUAUAUGUAGGAUAGUUAUCUCCCUUUGGUGUACCAUCAUCCGUGUAGGACAGUUUUUUAUACAAAGAGGUAGAGAAUAGAGGUCCACACCGAAAACAAAUUGUAAGGGAGAUAACUCCAACACAAAUCACAGGUUAACUGUGCAAAGUAAGCGUACUUCGAGCACUUCAUGGAAAUCUUAGUACAACAGAGCUUAUAAAAAACAUACGAGUUAUAAUUAUUUUAAUUGUUGAAAAUAAUCUAAUUAUUGGAUUGACGAUUGUGGUUCUAAACCAAUGAAUGUUUGUUGAAAAAAAUGAUUGAUUACUGGAGUUGAAGUUUAUGGUUAUGAACCACUAAGACUGAAAGAGUAUUUAUUCUAGAACAAAAAAUUAUAACAAGUAAUUUAAUGUCUUCAUUUAAAAUUUAUGGUUACGAACCAUCAAUGCUGAAAAAUCAAUGCAUAGCUCAACUUGUGAACAUUUUAAAUGCAAACUACUUGUUUUAUAUGGUUUGUUAUGUACACAUUAAAGAAUACUCCGUGUGAUGUUAACGUUUGUAUUGUACCACAAGCUUUGUGUGUUAUACAGUAGUGCUAUCUAAUCACUGUCAUACCCUCAUCAUCACUCAUUUUACACACACACUUUUCAAAUAAUUUGAAAAAAACCUGUUAUAUUAGUAUGUAAUUAUGUUAUUUGGAUUACAUGUGGUAAUGUACUAACAGAUUUGAAGACCUAACAGUAUGCCUGAAAGUAUAUCUUCAGAAAAAAUUAAAAUUGGAGGAAAACUUUCUGUUUCUAUUUCCUUAUCAUGUUUAUAAAAUGGUUUCAUUUCCUAUCAUUAACAUCAUAGGUAGAGCAGCAACAUUGUGUCUUCUAUAAUAUUCAUGUCUGUACUUCCUUUUUAAAUAAAAUGUUAAAUGUCA